UAUCAACAGUUGGACCAUUUAACUGUUGCUUUGGGGUGUGCGUGUGUUAGGAACGUGUGUUGAGUGCUUGGCUCUGAGUCGUUACAGUGAAAAGUUCUAACUCUUAGUGUAACAGGUGGAAUUCAGCAGUGAUUGAUUUAUGUGAUAAGGAUCUCGACUUGUGGAUAAAUUUCAGUACACUCGAGUGCCAAGUCCUGCGAAAUGGAAAUGUAACGUCCGAUAUUGGAUUUAUGAUAAGAUGAAACGACAGAACAAACAUGUGCCGGAAAAAAGUGAAUACUAUGUGUAGUGUAAGUAACUGUGAUUAACGACUUAAAGAAUAGUGAGCACUUACUACGAAAUGAGCUUUCGGCGCCAAUCACUUCAGCAUGGCUUGUCUAUGGCGGGCAAUCAACCUAAUUCUGUUAAUGCGUCACCUCAGCACACGGAGCUGCAGAGGAGGGAGUCCUUAGUAAAACCUACCUGGCAAAAUGUCUGCCCCGGUCAGGUGUCGCCUAAAACUUUAGAACGUGUCAACGGCAUUGAAGAAGGAUUACAUGAACUUACUGUGAAUAAUAACCAUGCCAAGGCUGAUAUCAAGAAAACGCGGAAGCAAGUCGAACUAUUUGAUAUUUUCGGAAAGGUGAUGCUGUUGGGUGACUCUGGAGUCGGGAAAACUUGCCUCCUAGUUAGAUUCCGCGAUGGCACCUUUCUGUCUGGAAAUUUCAUAUCAACAGUGGGGAUUGAUUUUAGGAAUAAAAUUGUCAUGGUUGACCAUACCAGGGUGAAGCUGCAAAUUUGGGACACAGCAGGACAGGAACGGUUCCGAAGCGUAACCCAUGCCUACUACAGGGACGCUCACGCAUUAUUGCUCCUUUACGAUGUCACAAACAAAGUUAGCUUUGAUAACAUCCGAGCCUGGCUAGUCGAGAUUAGGGAAUAUGCACAAGAGGACGUCGUUAUAAUGUUGCUGGGUAAUAAAGCAGACUGUGGCUACGAGCGACAGGUGCGGAAGGAGGAAGGCGAGAGAUUAGCCCGGGAGUAUAAUGUUGCUUUCAUGGAGACAUCAGCAAAAACUGGACUGAAUGUCGAACUGGCGUUUUCAGCAGUCGCAAGACAACUAAAAAGUCGACGAAACGAGUCAAUUGACGAUGCAAAAUUUAAUGUGCAAGAAUUUGUCAAGGAGCAAUCGCAAAAGCCAGCCUGUCCGCCGUGCAAUAUGUAACAUAAGUAUCAAAUAACUUACAAAACGCCAAUGGACGGAGAACACAAACUUUCACUUUUCAUGAACCAGAAGGGGCCACUGACGAUGACUUCUUUGGAAUUUUCCAAAAUAUUUUCUACCAUUUGUACCAAACUUAAUUUGGCGUUCCCCCAACGAUUUAUUUUUGAAGGAAAUGUACAAAGACUACAUGAAAAGUAUUAUGUAAUAUCGACAAUCGCUCAUGACCAAAAAGUAAAUAAUUUUAGAUUCUGCAUGCGUUAAGAAUAUUUUGGAAGGGAGGUGUAAGAAAAAGCAAUCCUCACAUUUUUUUAAAUUUAAAAUAUUAAACGGGAAAUGCAAAACUAGAAUCCUUGAAGUCAGUACAAAUUACCCCAAAUUUACCAGAGCUUUUCUUCUUCUGCAGAAUAUGAUCAUUGUCACAGAAAAAUACCACAUACAUAACCUACAUAAAAGGGAGGAAUUCAAAGGAUUGAUGUUUAUAGAGAACUUUGGAAUUGGAUUUAAAUGGCAUUCGCUUAACGGGAAAAAUUUUAAUUUUCAAUAAUCCUAUUUGAGUAGAUAUUUAUCCUUUUCAAGAAAAUGUCAACCCCACGAGCAAUCAAAAUGUGUGGAAUCCUAAAUAGUAGGAAAUGCUAAUACAGUGAUUAUUAACCACUGCGAAAGCUUUCUAGUCUAGAAUUUUUUCAUAAUGGCUAACCCAGAAGUCCAUUUUAUUCUCCUAUUCCAAUACGUCAGAUAUUGGCUAAUGGAAAGAAAUGUUGGCUGUCUUUAGUAACAUCUUACUUCGAAGAUAAAGGAAUAGCAAACCAGGAAGUCAUUUAAUAGAAAAGUCGGCAAAAUCCUUUUUUCUAGUGGUUAUGAUGUUAUGCAUCAUGAUUAAUCCAUUGUCAGUAGGAAGUAGACUGUAAAAUGUAGUUUGGUGGUGGAACUUUCAAGAAAAUCUUUUAAACAUAUUCCUUUGCACCUGUUAAGUUUAUGCAAUGUUUGUAUCCCAUUAAUAAACAGCUCAAUCUAUAAUGCCUGCUUAUAGAAGGCUAGUUCUUACCACUUCGUUGUUUAGAUUUCAAAUUAUGACUAUGUCUAGAAAAAGUAGACAAAUUAGUGGAAAUGAGAUACGAAGGAGCUCUCUGUAGAACAAUAGAAUUUACAGUUUCUUCUGGUUAGGUUGACGGACAGAUAUACAUCUGCUUAAUAAUAUUAUAAAUAUAACAGACAUUGUGCCGAGCUCUUUUUCCCAAUCGUUAAAAAAACAUUGCUACUGAUUAUGGUUCAUAGUUAAGAUAAUGUGGCUUUCCAUGCGAGUCUUUUCAUAAUUAAAAAUGUCUUUCUUCAUCUGCCAGAGAAGUAAAGAUGCUUAAAUUAUUGGUUCCUAUGCAGUUUUUAUUAUAAUCAGCAUCAAGUUUCCUGAAAUUGAUAUUCAAUCUAGGCCUGCCUUAGUUAGAAACUACAAACAUCCUGGUUUCACGCCAAAGUCCACCAAAUCGAUAUCCCCAAAAGUUGUUUGAAGUCCUAGCCUAAGUCAUCACUUUAUCUGAAACAAAGUCUGCAAGUCUUUUUUUCCCUCGUGUGGAUAUUGUCCCUAGACUUUCCGGGCUGGAUCAUCCUCGCCCAUACAGAUGAAGUGACUCGUCCACAUCAACCUAUUUAACCGGAUUUUAUCCUCAACUAGACGGUCUCAGUGGCGCUUAUACAUAAAUUUCGUUGUUAUAGGUUUUUUUGCUCGGGCGUGGCAAAUAGGCCCCAUACGCCGUCAAACAAAUUGCGCAGCAGAGCGAUGCUUUUUCCACACACUUUAUAAAAUUUUGUGCAAACAUUAAGCAGUAAUAACAGUAACAUUAUUAGUUCAGCUCUGGACGUGGAAGAACUUGAGACGAGAAUUUGAGAUAUGUUGGUGUGUGAGCAUUUAUCAAAAAUGUCCAUUAGCCAUUAAGAUGCCCAUGAAAAUUCUCGCUCACAGCCUAAACAAACAUAUUUGCCCGGCUGUCAAAACUGACAGACAAUUGCAUCCCAUCCACGUACCGGCCACCGAUCAAAUGUACACUAUUCAGACGUAACUAACGGGCAAAACUGUACGUGGAUGGUGAGCUUUAGUGAGAAGUUGGAAUGUGUCCUCAGGUCCCACUGCAUCACGACUCUUUACUACUUUACGAUAUCUGGUAUCUGGGUUAACAAACUUUAAAAUUUUAAACAGUAAUUGCCGCCCAAACACUAAGAAAAAUUCCGGUAAAGGUUGAAUUUUUGACCCCAUCUCCGGAGAGGAAUGCAAUGCUGACCACUUUGUCUCAUACAGUGUCCUGUAGCCGUUACGGUCUUGAAUGAACUGCUCUAACACACUUCAAGGCCCUGAUCCAAUAUGGAUUGUUGCGCCAACGAUUAUUAUUAUUAUUAUCCCCGGAGGGAGUGAGAAGUUAAUGGCGAGGAGGACAGCGCGGGGGUGCGGAAGCAGUGGAGGGGCAGGGGAGCGGUCCCUCGCUGUAGCUCUCCUUUCAUAUCGCGACGAUGAUUACCCUAAAUACAUAUAAGCUUAUUUCGGAUACGAAAAUAGCCUCUUUUUGGGGGCCCCGUGACGAAUAGUGACCGCUAUGGAUUUAUAGCAAAGUAGAAAGGCGGGACCUUUUUGUUUCUUCUACAUAUCCUCUUUACCCUCUCCCUUUUCGGGGUGAGGUUGGAAAAUCCAACUUUACAAUGAUUAUAUUAAAAUACCCCCCAUUUGAGCCAUCAUUAGUUUUAAAGAUGGAGGAGCAUGACCGCUGCGAUUUUUCAACGAAAUUUGAGAGAGACGAUCUCCCGCCCCCUUCAUACUCUCGUUUACCCAUGCGAGGAUAGGUUCAAAAUUAAACUCAAACGUUUCCGCAUGAAUAUAGCCCCAUUUUGAGGAGUCAUGGCCGAAGGCGAGGAUUACCGCUGCCAUCCUUUAACAGGAUUAGAAAGAGGGAAUCUUUCUCUUUCUUCUACAUAUCCUCCCCACGGGGUAGGGCUCAAACUUGACCACGAUGAUAUCAACAACCCCACUUUGAGGAGCCAUAACUUUUUGACCGCCACAAGUUUUCAUCGGGAAUGGAGUUGAAAAUUUAAUAUUUAGCAAAAAAGCCGUCACCUAAAAAAUAUUAUUCAACAAAGCGCAACUCCCCCACACACACUACAACGCGUUGCGGAAACGUCUCCGCUGCUUUUGUCUGGCCUCGGACAUUGGUGAGGGUGAGUCUAGUCAGUGCUAUCAAUUUCGCCGGGAUACUAAACUCUAUUGGCGACCUUGAUGUCAACACAAAGAUGAUGCAACUGAUGGUCCUAUUCCAAGAGUUUUUCCAUCGCAUACUGAUUUGCCUGGAGUGAAACCUCUUCGGUAUGGGGAACUGAUAUUCUGGGCGUAUGGGGCUAUCCUAGUAAGAUAGUGGGGAAUAUAUUAUAGAUGAUACCUUGCAACGUGAUACCUCUAUUAUUUCUGUACUGUAUGAUAUCGUCCUUUUUUGGUUGUGUAUAGGACAGAUAAUGCCUCGUCGUCCGUUAGGCAUUGAUUCACUGUCUCAAACCUUGAGCAUCAGUUGAUGGACCGCUUGAUGUAGAUAUUUAACCAUCGGUUCCGCCCGGCCGAUGAAUUGCACGCACUAUUUAUGCAUAUUGCAUAUUUUAUAACUUUGAUUAAUUUGCUAAUUUCAUAUUUUUUUCCAUUUUUCGUACACUGGGGUGUGCAUUCGAUACUUCUAUCCAUCUGGAACAGUCGACCACAUCCUCUAAUUAUAUUUAAAAUCAAUGGACUACUCGCCUCGAUUAAGAUACUGGUUUCGUUAUCCAUCUAAAAAAAGAUGCUUUUCUUGGCUGUUAAAUCAGUCCCAAUCCCGAUGUGGCCGACCUGUGGGUUUUUUUUUAUUUAAUAGGAAACUCGUACUUAUUACAUUUUAUACAACAGGUGAGUGUAUCUGCAGAUGGAAUCUGAACAUGCCUGUGUUUUGGAGUAAGGCGUUCAGUUUUUUUUCCUAUCCUGUGAUCUCAAUAUUAAGGUUUUGUCCGCCAGUUGAAGUUUUCUCUUCAUGUGUCCUGUGCAGACUGCUGUCAAUAUAUCUAAAUAAAAUUAUUCAUGGUUUUGAAACUUUAAUUUCCAAAUGACGUUAUUAAGCAGAUGCGCUUUUGCUUGGGGCUUUUGGGCGUAAGAUCUGUCCGGUCUUAUUUUUCGAACAACGUAUUCUACUGGCAAAAUGAUAACAUAAAGGUUCCGUCAGUCACUUUUCCAUUCAGACCUGUGAUAUAGAGUCGGCCAUCGUAACUUCAUUUGAAAUUUUGAAUUAGGGCAUGGGAUUAGAUGCACUCAAUUGAUUAACACCCGACUCAUGUUCAACGAAAUCUGAUAAAAAUAACAUUAAAUACGGAGUCGAUAAUUUAUCUUUCGUUUAGAAAAUUACCCGUAGUGAACUUGAAUCAUAAUUUCUAUUUGGUUUGUUUUUGCUCUCAAAAAAUUUGGACCGGUAUAUAUACAUACAUAGACUAUGUAGUAGUCUCUCGUGAGAUGCGACGGAUGAACUGGUAAAUUAAAGUUAAAAUACUGGAUAUUCCAUUUUCGGAAGUCCACCGACAUCUCAUUAGUGUGGAAGGCUUGAUUUCAAUCCUCUAAUAGCAUCUUAAAUUCUUUUAAUAGAAUCAUCACUCAUCACUUUAUUGGCUGACUUUUAUUCUGUUCUUCUAAAAUUAAUUUAUUCAAACUAGGAUAUCUUUUACUUACUUUCUCAACAUCAACGACGAAGCCUCGCUCUUGUUAGAAACCGUUAAUAAGCUCGUCUUAUUUCAUCUGCUUUAAUAUUUAUAUCAAUUCUCCGUGGAGUAUCCUCCAAAUGUUUUCUUUUAUUCGAUUUAUUAUUUGAUUUUCACUACGGAUAACUUUUCCCUCCCUUGGCUAUCGUUCGUUACUCUGCGUACUCUUUGUAACCCUCUAUUUAAGUGUGUGCUAUUAGGUUCUGGUCAACUGCCUGUUUGCAUUUAUCAUCAAAUAAGCUAUUUCGUUCACGUCGAACUUUUUACUUACGUAUUUGGUAAUCACUGGGGCCAAUUGUCACUCAGCCAAUAAAUAUACAUUUCAAUUUGUAAAACGAAUAACCCUUAACACAAUUCAAUUUUAAUCCAUAUCAACUGACUGCUGCCACACACCUUCGGCUGCAUCGAGUGCCGUCCUGUCUGAGUUCACGACUUUUUUACUCAGUUAUGUAACUCUGCUCACUAUGUCUGGCCGGAGGAGACGGCAGGAAUAUAGACUUCAAGCUUCGCCUUAUAUAUACCAAAUCUGCUCUCCUCCUGCUAUCCUGAGUCCUAACAACACCAUGUUGAGAAUCUUUGCCCAUCUGCGGCUGCUAUGAUACUAAGUACUUUUGAGCGUUUUAUGCCAUCGCUCCAUCAGCCGAUCAGUUUGUGGUGUAGAAGGUGAAUUGAAACUGUAAAUGGCUGCGCUUCGAAUUAAGUACCCUGAUCUGAUGUUACAUUUUCAGCGGUCAGCGCGAGAGGCGAUCCAUCAUCUUUUGUAGAUUACUGUGUUCACUUGAUAGAGGUAAGCGGUCGAGUAUGGCCAAGCGGGUAUUGUGGAACCUUUCAAAAGCGCUUAGUUGUUUAGACUAUCGCUAGUAUCUCUAGUUCGUAUGUAAUGUAACUAGCUUUUCUUCCUCCCAUUUAGUGGAGAAAGACCCUAAAGCAUGCAUGAACUAUGAACUAAGUAUUCCAACACUGCACUGAUUUUCAACAGUAAUAAUGGAGAGAUGAACACUUAGCCUACGAUAAUCGCCAAAUACGGCUUUCUCCAAACUUCUUGACGAAAAUGUGUAUUGAACAGAUCCGGAAUUUGAAACACAUUGUCGAAUUCUUGCGCAACGCGAAAUUUGUCUUCGUGGAAGUCUCUGAAACCGUUCUGUAGCCGGAGAUUCCUGGUAAGCUAUAAUUCUUAAUUCAAAAAUCUCUAAGCAAUCUUUGCAAUAUCCUUCAAAUUUCCGACUUCCGACUUCCGUUCUUAAACAACUACAUAGACCCACCAAAACAUCCGCCUAAAGCAUGCACUGCGGAAGAAGUUUCUAGCUUCUAAGAAUGACGCCGACUUUACUGACUUCAAGGCUAUGUGCUCCCCUGUAAAGUCUAUGAUUAAAAAAGCACAUAAGCGUUUCUUGAUGGGUGUUAAAGUAUCCCUUACUGGCACUGAUUUGAACCUAUUUGGUCGCCCAUUCGCUAUUCCUGUAACCCUACCUAUUCUCUCCCUAUUUCCAAUAAUUUUGCUGACCUCCGCCAGCUCCCCACAGCAAUCCUGAUACCUACUCUGUUCACUUUCUCGACCACUGUGCCCUCUAAGCCUCUUCUACGUGCAGACUGCUCCCAAUUUCUGGCCAUUCCCCCUUUUACCCCUGAAACCAAUGUCGGACCUGGCAACGAUAGGCUUCUUAAUCUCGUCCGCGUUAAGUGUACAUAUGCCUCCCUCUGUAUGUAAUCUUCAACAAAAACCGCGAAGAAUGCUACUUUCUUUAUCUUUAAAAACAGUCUUUAUUACUCCUUUCUUCAAACGCCGACACCGAGGCCCCUAGCUGUGAACUACCGUCCUGUCUCUCCUGUUGCUACAAAACUCUGGCGAAGCAUGUCAACGACUGGCUGACUGUGCCUUUCGCCUCAUAGUGAAAGAAGAGUAUGGUUUCGUGAUCUACUUGUUCAAACUUUCGCGACUUUGCCGACUUCGUUGCUAAAAGUGAAAAAUAUCUGAAAGUUUUCCACUAUUUCUAAUAUCUUAGCUUCUUUAUUUCCAGACUGAUCAAACAGGGUAAUUAAAAAAAUCAGUUAAAUGCAGCUUAUUUAAAAUUGGCAAUUAAAGUAAACUUUUUAAGAGUUUUCAAGGUGAAUCUAAUCUACUUCUGCUAAGCAGUAAACAAGGUGGUGUAUUCCCUUCCGUGUUGCUGACCACAGAGAAGUCUUCGGGAUUUGUAAGCCAAAAUGAGUACCUUGAAACUACGGAAAACUAUUCGCUUCCUACAACAAUUUCAAAUUCCAAAUGAUUUAAUAAUUCGUAUUUGCCAAUCUCAGAAAGCAGUUUACAAGUUUGAGUUAAAAAGUUUGAAAUUAUCGCAGGAGAUAUAUUAGUAACUGGAAUAAUAAAAAUUAAGUGAAAUUUGGAGUUUACAGCUGAGAUUAAUAAUCUGAAAUCAGAAGAUUUACAAAACACUGAACUGUGAACAUAUUAGUAACGCAAAUGUGGUUAGAACAUCAUGAAUCAAAGCUUUACGCAUUAAAUGAAAUAAAUCUAAAAUACAUACAUAUAUCGGACACGAUUAGGAGAUAAGAAUAAUUGAAACGAUUCAUAUAAUCAUAUAUAUUACAUAUACACAAUUAGCGAAGUAUAUUAAUGAAAGUAGAAAACAAUAUAUCAAUUGUGCAAGUAAGCAAGGAAACUGAAGAAAUAUAUAUUUAUUGUAACAUAUUUAUUGAUGAAAUGAAAGAAAGUUGUCUUGUAGAUAAACUGCUAACAGGCAUAUAUGUAUAUACUCGUAUGUUCCUUUAGCAGAAUGUUCAUUAGCGAAGUUGACGCAUGUCCGUUUCGACAAAGAUACAUUCGAAGCGUAACCC